AUGUGGGUCUGCUUGCUGGACCGUGUUGCUAUGAAUGGUCGUGUUUUUUCCUUAGACCCUCCUCCCACCUUACUGCUCAUUCUACUAGCAGGACAGUCUGUGCGUUUGUCCUCUUUUGGCAAAUACAGGAAACAUAGCCCUGGAUUGGUUAUCGCCUUUUGCGAAAAAUCGCAGGUACAUUCACUAUUAAUGCUCAACUUUAUUCGCAAAUGCCGACCGCCGCGAUCUGGCCCCCACGAAUCUGAAAUGAUUUCGAUCCAGGAUAUAUGGUCUUUUUUUGAGGUUCUGCAAGUCAAGCUUUUCAGGGAUGUAGGCAGAAAGUCUGUGUGGUUCUUUUGUCAUAUUGCUCGACCUUCUCAAUAUAUUCAGCUCAACACCGGGAAGAGACCAAGAUAUGUCGUUCUGCAGUACAUAUCAGCACACGUUCUCACAACCUCUCUCUCUGUGCGACUCUGCGACGGUUAUGGCGUAUUGAUGCCUGUCGAUCAUGUCGUGCAACGUCCGGGAUCGCCUCACACCUCGCGCCGCGUUAUUAAACUCGGGCUCUGGAUACGCAGGUAUCUACAAUAUGAUCUCCCCAGCAAUGUAGUGUUCGCUCUAAUUAAAACCGAGAGCAUCAAGGGCACCCCAUCAGCACCGAGAAUCCUCUGA